AUGUCUGAUGUUCAUAAUGAUUAUCCAGAAUUUCGUAAUUUACAUCAUCUGAAGUUCAUUCUUCCGUGUUUCAACUCGAAUCUUCUUAUCAACGUGCUUGAGAAAUGUCGUAUUCUUCGGGUUCUCAUAAUCCUGAGCAACAAGGGAGGAACAAACAAGUACCAUUCUAUCAAAAGAUUAACAAAUAUAUCAAAGGGCUCUGUCAAAUGCCAACUUAAAUUUGACCUAGAUGGAUCUCCUUAG